AUGAGGUAUCCUCUGGUUCCUUUGGUGAAUGAGCUGACCUUUCCUCUGAUUUUCUUCUGGUUCUGUUUGCCAUUUGUAAUGCUGUUGAUCAUCAUGAUUAUCUGGCUACAGCUGCUACUCAAUGAAGCACAGAUUCCCAGCACAGAAAAGAUAAAGAAAAAAUCUUCUGAUGAGCCUGAUUCUGACUCUUUAUAUGAAGAUGAACUAACAGAGGAAGAAAACCAGAGUGAUGUUUCCAGUACAGAGAUGCAAGAGGAGCCACAACCCCUUGAAUCUGUGGGAAGGCUGAGGCCUAAGCCUGCUUAUCUGAGCUCAAAUGUAAAAAGCCAAAAGCAAAGUCUUCUGGCUGUGACCUUGGGCAGCUGGUCCCAGAGCCAGAAAAUAAGAUAUUCCCACGUUGAGAAGAGCAAUUUCUGUAACAUCAUGAUG